GGUUCUUUCCCUCCGCCAUGCUGCGGGUUCUGCUCCGUAUCUUAAGCAGCCAUCGCGUGGUCUCGUGUGCUUCGUUGUGAGCGCCACUGUGGGGAGCUGUGAGGGGAGCGCGGACGAGCUCGGCGGCCGCGCCAUGGUCUGCCAGGGGGUCUCAGGAAGGACUAACUGAGGCAGGAAGACCCUUUCGUAUAGUGGGUGGCACUUUGAGUGUGACCUCAGUAGAGAGAAGUCCAAAGAAGAAGCAGUGUUGCUCUCCUGCCUGCCUUCACUUCUUGCUGGUGAGUGCAUCUGUCCAUUGCUGCUGCUGCUACUGCUGCUGCUGUUCCGCCGUUGCCACCGCCACCACAUCCUUCACUGACAUUGGAACCCAGCUUCUUGGACCUUCCAGUGUGGACUGAAGAGCAGAAGCUGUCCAGGUGUGCUCUGGGCCUUUGGCACCUGAUUGAAGCUCUUGAGGCUUCUAGUCAUCGUGGAUGGAGCUUCUCCAUCAUGGAGACAGCCAUUGUUGGACUGUGCAGGCUGGAUCAGGAUCUGGUGAGCUUUGAGGAUCUGGCCGUGAACUUCACCCAGGAAGAGUGGGAUUUGCUAGAUCCUUCUCAGAAGAUUCUGUAUGGAGAUGUGAUGCUAGAAACCUGCAGGAACUUCACUGCCAUAGGAUAUGAAUGUGAAGACCAGAAAAUUGAAGAACAUUAUGAAGAUCCUGAAGUAAAUAUAAGGCACAUCAUAUCUCACUCUGAAUAUACACAGUAUGAACCUGAGGACUGUGAACAGAAGCCACAGGACUCUAAUUAUCUUACAAGGAUAGAAGGAUACACGGAAACUCACACUGUGAAUGGACCUUCUGAGUGUGAGGUAUGUUUAAAAUCCUAUGGACUAUAUCACCUCACUUACAAUGGACAUCACAACUAUGAAUACAAGGAGUGUGGAGGAAGCCAAACUGUACGAAAAUGUUAUGAAUGUAACCAAUGUGGUAAAACUUUGAGUUCUUUCAAUUCUCUUCAAAGACAUCAGAAAAUUCAUAUUGAAGAAAGACCAUAUAAGUGUCAACAGUGUAGUAAGGCCUUUAGAUGUCUCAAUGCCCUUCAGUCACAUGAAAGAAUUCAUACUGGAGAAAAACCUUAUGAAUGUAAACACUGUGGUACAGCUUUUAGCAGACUUACUCACCUGCGAUUACAUGAAAAGGUUCAUACUGGAGAAAAACACUAUGAAUGUAAACAAUGUGAUAUAGUUUUCAAAUCUCAGAGUUCCUAUCAUAGACAUAAAAUAAUGCAUGGAGAAACAUUUUAUAAUUGUAAAGAGUGUGGUAAGUCUUUCAUUUACCCCUCUUUACUUCAAAUGCAUGAAAGAACUCAUACAGGUGAAAAGCCUUAUGAAUGUAAACUAUGUGGGAAAGCCUUUAGAUACCAUUCUUCCAUACGAUUACAUGAAAGAACUCAUACGGGAGAAAAACCCUAUGAAUGCAAACACUGUGGUAAAGCCUUUACACGUCAGAGUUAUCUUCAGUUUCAUGAAAGAAGCCACACUGGAGAGAAACCCUAUGAAUGUAAAGAAUGUGGUAAAGCUUUUAGGCAUCACUCUUACCUUCGAUUACAUGAAAGAAGACAUACUGGAGAGAAACCGUAUCAGUGCAUACAGUGUGGCAGAUCCUUCAGCCGACAGAGUUCCUUUAAGAGACAUCAGUCUGUUCAUGCUGUGGAAAACCCCUAUAAGUGUCAACAAUAUCUACUUCCUUUAUCCCUGUUUCCUUCAAAUGCAUGAAAGAACUUACACCAGCACCAAACCUUCUGCAUGUGAACAAUGUGAUAAAAUGCUUAUCCUAAUUCACAUAAAACACACAUAAGGACUCAAAAUAGUGAUGAGUCUUUAAACAAUGUAGUAUAGCCUUCAGGGGCCACAGGGACUAUAGAACCCCACCACCUGGAAGCAGUUACCAAAGAUGAUAUCUCCUGCCCUUCAGCCUCCCAUAAAAGUUUGUGGACAUCAUGUAUCUCAGAGAGAAGUAAUACAGGAAGAAGACCAGAAAAGAAUGACUGUGAGCCACAGUAACUUAUCUCCAGAGCCCAACAACCAAGAAAGGCCAGCACUUGAACUUUGGGGACCAUCUUGAGGUUAUAGAACCUUUUCUAGCAAACACAGGAAAUCAUUCCCUAUAAUCACUAGAAGAUAGGUCUGCCCUUUUAAUGAACUCUCCUUUUUUAAUGAAAAUUUAUGGAUUCAAACAGAGGUACACACUUGAGUCCGCUCCUAUUCUGUGGAAUGUAUUCUAUGCUGUUAUUCUCAAGUUCAGUAAAUCUACAUAUACUCUCAGUA